UCUAAACUGCGGCGCGUUCUCUUCCGGGUCGAAAAACUUGCACACCGAUGAAGUUUUAGCAAUCGGGCCCAAUUGGAUACGUAUUUACUAGAAAACGUGAAUGUUUAUAACAAAACAAAAGACUUUAAAAAAUAUUAUUUUGUAACCCUACGAUACAGUGAUGCCGAACCUUAGCUGUAGGUUCUACCAGCACCGGUUCCCUGAGGUGGAAGAUGUAGUUAUGGUGAACGUGCGCUCCAUCGCAGAGAUGGGCGCCUAUGUCAGCCUGCUCGAGUACAACAACAUUGAGGGAAUGAUCUUGCUGAGCGAGUUGUCACGCCGACGUAUCCGCUCAAUCAACAAGCUCAUUAGGAUCGGACGCAAUGAGUGUGUGGUGGUCAUCAGAGUGGACAAAGAGAAGGGGUACAUUGAUUUAUCAAAGAGAAGAGUGUCGCCAGAGGAAGCAAUCAAAUGUGAAGACAAAUUCACCAAAUCUAAAACCGUGUACAGUAUCCUUCGACACGUGGCUGAGGUGCUGGAGUACACUAAGGAUGAGCAGCUGGAGAGUCUGUUCACACGCACCGCCUGGGUGUUUGACGAGAAGUACAAGCGCCCAGGAUAUGGCGCCUACGACGUCUUCAAACAGGCUGUGUCGGACCCUGCCAUUCUGGAUGGGCUGGACCUGACGGAGGAGGAGAGGGCGGUGCUCAUUGACAACAUCAACAGGCGACUUACUCCACAGGCUGUCAAAAUCCGUGCAGACAUUGAGGUGGCAUGCUAUGGAUAUGAAGGCAUUGACGCUGUUAAAGAUGCCCUGCGAGCAGGGCUUAGCUGCUCGACAGAGGCCAUGCCCAUCAAGAUAAAUCUGAUAGCACCGCCACGCUAUGUAAUGACCACAACCACUUUGGAGCGCACAGAGGGCCUUUCGGUCCUCAACCAGGCCAUGGCAGCCAUCAAGGAGAGGAUCGAGGAGAAGAGGGGGGUCUUCAACAUCCAGAUGGAGGCAAAGGUGGUAACAGACACGGAUGAGACCGAGCUGGCACGUCAGCUGGAGAGGCUAGAGCGGGAGAACGCAGAGGUGGAUGGAGACGAUGAGGAUGGAGAGAUGGAGGCUAAAGCCGAGGACUAGUCAUUCUGCCCUAAAAGCAGCACCACCAUUGGGGAGAAAAUUAUGGACAGACCUGGCCAUAGUCACAGUCCAACAGAUGUGUAACCCAUUACAUAAAUAUGUUUUUACUGGCCACUGUCCUUAAUGGUCAACUCAGAGGGUUUUCUCAGAACAUGGAGAAACACAUUACUAUCCUCUCAAUUCUAGAAAAGAGAAUAUGUUUAAACACAAUCAACAAGACAUACCAGUAAGUAACCAUUUUGCAACAGUGACACCAAUUUGGAUUGAUUUUUCCCAUAUACGCAGAGAACUGUUUACAAGCAGUGGCCUUUUACUUUAUACUGGCAAAAGAGCCCUAGUGUCUUGAGUUUCAGUUGUCAUGGCAAUUUCCUUUUGCUAGUCACAGAAGGUGAUGCAAGGGAAGCAGCGUAGGAUCAAAACCACAAUGUAUCAUGGGUAUAUUGUGACUGGCUGUCUGAUCUACAAAUGAGUGUAUUUAUAAUCUGAUCUGAUUUGUAGAUCAGCCAGCCUUUGCCUGUUGUCACUGAUCCUCUUUCAACAGGGCUAAUGACUGCAGACUGACUCAUUAUUUGUAGAUCAGUCUUAAUUUACCCAUGAUACAUUUCAGUUUUGAUUCUCAUUAAACACAGCCACAGGCUCUUCUGUGUCUGAAACUGUUUUGGGUGACUUCUGUGCCGUUCCUCUUCCAGUUGUAUGGAUUUUUACUGGCAGGAUUUUGCUUGUGUAGUUCACAUAAUAUCAAUAAAGUUCUGGAAGUUUUGAUCUCAA